AACCGGCUUCUGCUCCCAGCCGGCUCAACGCGGCCCAUCUGCUUCCGUUGUGUCGUCCCGAAUUAAUAAUCUGUAUAUAUGUAUAUAUACCCUCGUUUUCCCAUUAUCUUCCCAUGGAGCAAUCCAACCACCAUGACUUCCUCCUACCCCAGCCCUGCUGCCUCUGCUGCCUCUGCCGCUCCCAGCCACAGCUACCAGAUCAAAAAGAAGAAGCGAGUGGGAAAGGCCUGCGACUCGUGCCGGAUCAAAAAGACCAAGUGUGACGGCAAGAAGCCCUGUUCCAAGUGUCUCGUCGACAACAAGAUUUGUACCUUCACCGAGAAACAGUUCAAGAACGACAAGAUAUAUCCCAAGGGCUACAUCAACCUUCUCGAAACACGUUUGGACCUUCUCUCGCGAUCAAUUCUCAAGUUGGUCCACAUAUACUUGUCCAAUGGUGAUCUAUCCUUCCUCAAGUCCUCCAUGUUGAAUGCUCCGAGGAGCCCAAUUGCCAAUGGCACUGAUAAAGAUAGUAAUGAUGAUAAAAACGAUAAAGAUGAUAUAGAUCACAGAGAUAACUGCACUAAUGAUGGCGAAAGUGAUGUUGAAAGUAUCAAUGAUAAUGAUGAUAGUACUAAUAAUGACACCAUUGCCAACUACGACUCAAAAUCAGAGUUUUAUCAAUACUCUCUUAACGAAAUCAUCCAUCUUCUUAUAUCCCAUAAACAAUUGCUAGAUGGCUUGCCCAUUGAGUGGGACCAAGGCAUCUUCAUAGCCUCCAGCUACUCGUCCAAAAACUUGCUUCAGUCUUCAAAUGCCUUUUCAAAGCACCAACUAUCUUUAGCAAACAAUAACAAUAACAAUAACAAUAACAAUAACAAUAGCAAUAGCCCAAAAUCCGCUAAAAUAAAAAAGAAAAAUACAAACAACAUUACUAAUACCAUUACUAAUGGUAACAUUAGCAUCAAUUCACUAAACCCCGAGGACUUUGAAGAUUCUUCUCACAUCAAAAAGUCUAAGAAAAGUAAACUCUCAAUCAACACCUCUUUAAACCCUCAGAACUACUUGUCCACAGAUUACACUUCCCACUCCUCUCACUCUUCCCACUCCUCCCAUUCUUCGGCAAAUUCUGCCUACAACUCUCCCUCCUCUUCAAAAAUGAUCAAAACUGAAUCGGUCUUUGAUCUUCCUUCCUUCAAUCUCUCCACAUGCUCUCCAACCUCUUCCACCUCAAACUUAUCCAAUUUAUCUCACAUAAAUAACUUCAAUAGCCUCAAUCUCAACGACCUCAAUAACCUCAACGACCUCAAUAACCUCAAUGAUCUAAAUAACUUCAAUAAUCUAAAUAACUUCAAUAAUCUAAAUAACUUCAAUAAUCUAAAUAACUUCAAUAAUCUAAAUACGAUAAAUACAAUAAACACUUUCAACAACAUUAACACUAUAAACAACUUGAACAACUUGAACAAUCUGCUUUUCAACAACACAAACUUGCCCUAUAACAAUACAAAACUCAUUCCAAAUUUCUUAAAUGAAUCCUUCCCCAUAUCAAAUCUAAAUCUAAACUGCAACUUGAACAUCUUAAACAACAACUUACCCACUCAAAACAACUUGUCCCCAAACUGGGACCUGUUCGAAUCACCACUAACCUCUCCUUCCUCCAAAUCUCUAAUCCUACCAAACUCAAACUCAAACAUAAACUUGUCUCCUAUAGAUAACUCUCUAAAUCUAUCAAAACCCCUAUCAAAUGGCCACAUAACAAAAUCUCAUAAAAGAUCUCUUUCUCACUCAAAAAACACUUCAAAGAAAUCUAUAUCCCUCAAUAACAACCUCAAUCUAUCUUCCUAUAAUCAAAAUUUAAACAAAACAACAUCACCAUUAUCGUCAACAAAUGACAAAAGCAACAUUUUGGAUAUCGAUAUAGAUCUCAAUUCUAUCAACGGAAUACUAGAAGACGUCAAAUUGUUUUCUCCCUCAAGUUUUAAUAACAAUAGUUUAAAUAAUAUAUGAUUAUUACCUUCACUUGCCCUGUAUAUUAUCCCUCAAUUUCAAUUGAGUUGUUUAAUGAUUAUAUUCUCUUCUCUUCUCUUGUAUGUUUAUGUUUUCAU